AUGGCUGCGAGCCCAUCGUUGUCUGAAGGGGACGCCAGGAUGCGCAGCGAGUUGCCGGCCGCCGUUGCCGCCGACCCGCGGCCGUGGUUGCAGGGGGAGGCGCGAAGAGGAGCCAAACACCAACGACCCCUAGUACAAAUAGCGCCAAUGCUGGAUGUGACGUAUUUCGAAUUCAGGCAGUUCAUGCGCCUCAUCACCAAGCGAGCGCAGCUGUGGUCGGAGAUGAUGCCGGACAUGACGGUGAUACACGGCGAGCGGAAGACGGUGGACGACAUGCUCCAUUGUGGCGCAAACGAGCCUCCCGUGGUCCUGCAGCUGGGGGGGAACAACGCUGAGACCCUCAAGGAGGCCGCCGCAAUCGCAGUGCCGUACGGGUACGACGAGGUUAACCUCAACGCAGGCUGCCCCUCCGCGAGGGUGUCAGGAAAGGGGUGCUUCGGGGCGGCGUUGAUGAACGACGCCCGCCUGGUGAGGGACAUACUCUGCGAACUCAGGAAGGCUGUCACCGUUCCAGUCACGGUGAAGCACAGACUGGGAGUGGAUCACAAGGACAGCUACGAGUUCCUGCGCGAAUUCGUAACUACGGUCGCGGAGUCGGGGUGCGACCACUUCAUAGUGCACGCAAGGAAGGCGUGGCUUAACGGGAUCAACCCGAAGAAAAACCGCUCAAUACCUCCGCUUGACCACGAGCGUGUCUACAGGCUGUGCCAGGAGUUCCCGCAACUUAACUUCACGCUCAACGGGGGCGUCAAGUCGCUUAACGAGGUCAAGGAAGCGCUAGGCAGAGGCGCAUACGGCGUCAUGAUCGGCCGGAUGGCCUACGACAACCCCUGCGAACUGGCCAGGGUGGACACGGACAUCUACGGCGAAGCCGAGAAUCCCGCCACCUGCAAAACACGCCGGGCGCUCCUGGAGGCGUACGCGGACUUCGUGGACGCCACCGCUGACAGAAACGCGGAUAUGCACGUCUGCAUGAUCGUCAAGCCCAUACUGGGCACCUUCUACGGCGAGCACGGCACGCGGACCUUCAGGCAGGCGCUUUCCGACAUGGCCGCCUACGAAGAUCUCAAUUUCCACAAGGGCAAGACGAAACACGCGCAGUACAUACACCGCGCCAUAGAGAUCAUGGAGGUCGUGAACCCCGACGCCCUUGAUCGCAACCUCCACUGA